AUGUUUGCAUUCUUUAUUUUAUUUCUUCUAAUAAAUUCACUAAAAUCUUGUCCAUUAACUGAUAAUUAUUUAUCACGUUGUCAUUGUGGAAUAUUAACAAAUGGUGAUUCAUAUAUAAAAUGUGAAGAAAAAACACUUAGUCAAAUUCCAACAUUUAAACGUUCAUUUCCAUAUGAUGAACUUAUAUUAUCAAAUAAUAAUAUAACAAGUUUAUUACGUACAUCAUUUGAUAAUAUCAAAACAAUCAAACGAAUAAAUUUAGAAAAUAAUUCAUUAACAUUUAUUGAUAAUGAUUUAUUACGUUUAUUAGGAAAUUAUUUAGAAGAAUUAAUUCUUACUGGUGAUAAUCAUAUAAAUUCAUUAGAAUUUUUAAUACGUUAUCCAUUGAAUAACCUUCGUAUACUUAAACUUAAUCAAUUUGAUUUAAGUGAAAUAAAUUUCGAAAAAACUUUUUCCAAUAUGACCAAACUUGAAAUUAUUUAUUUACGUUCAUGUCAAAUAAAACAGAUACCAAAUUUAUCAAAUAUACAAAUAUUAGAUUUAGAAAAUAAUCAUAUAUCAAAUGCAAUCAAUUUAAAAAACUCGUAUAUUCAUUUAAAUUUAGCACAAAAUUUUAUUUCAUCAGUUUCUCUGGAAAAUAAUUCGCAAUUAAAAACAUUAAAUUUAACGCAAAAUCUAUUAACAUCCUUUAAUUUCUCGAUGUUAAAUGAAAAUUUAACAGAUUUAAAUUUAAAUUACAAUCGUUUAUUAUCAAUAGAUUUAAAUAAUCUACCGAAAAAUUUAUUAUCAUUAUCAAUCACUAAUAAUUUAUUAAAACAAAUUAAAUUUUCAAAACAAGAUUCAUUAUCAUCGUUAGAUUUAAGUUAUAAUCAAUUAAAAUCGAUUGAAAAAAAUUCAUUAUUUGAAAAAUUAAAUUAUUUAAAUUUAGAAAAUAAUCCUCUGGAAUGUAAUUGUCAUUUAGAAUGGUUAAAAAACUUGAUUUUAUUUCAAAAUAAAUUCAAUGCAUCAACAUGGACAUGUUUAUCUCGAAAAUCAUAUACAACAUUUCUUUCAUCAAAUUUUCAAUGUUUAACUAAAUUAUCUCUACCAAAAAUUAAUCUAUUUAAUAUAUCCUAUGUUAAAAUAGCAUCUGACAAUGGUCUUUUUAUUCAAUGGUCAAUUAUUGAUGAUUCUAAUAUACUUAAUUCGAUACAAAUAAGUAUUGCUGAACCAUUUUAUUUGUCACCAAAAUUUCAUUCAAAUCAAACAGAAAUAUUUUUAUCUAAUCAAAUUCAAUUAAAUAAAAAAUAUCAUAUCUGUCUAAUAUUAUUACAUAAAUAUGCACGUGAUAAAUAUUGUCGAGAGUUUUUCACUGAUAAACUUAUUAUUCUUACGUCAAAUGAAAUUAUACUUGAAAAAACAACAAAUCGAAAUUCGAUGGAAUUUAAUUAUGAUAUAAAUAUCUAUAUAAAAAAAAAUGAAACUAAUCUUUCAUAUUAUUCAAGAAAUAUUAAUUCACAUUAUCGUCCUUAUCAUUCACAUUCAACAACAACAUGUCCAUAUCAUAAUGAAAAUCUAUCAAAUUCAACAGAUAGUAGUCAAAUUGAUACAUCAUUAUCAACAACAAAUUUAAAACAUAUUUAUCAAACAAUUGAUAAUCAAGAUUAUACGAGUUUUAAACGAGAAAAUCAAUUAUUUGAUUUAUGGAAUGAAUCAAUAAGACAGAAAAGAUAG